AUGGAUGUAAAUAGUGGUUCGUUUGAAGCAGUAGCUUGCAAAGUGGAAAAGAACGAGAAGGAUACUCAAAUUAAUGAAAAUUUGGACAAUGGUCAAGAACGUGAUUCUGAUCAAGAGCAUCCCAUUAAUAUGGAAGAAAUUAAAAUAGAACCUGAUGAUACUGAUAAUACCGAGAUUCCUGAUCAAGAUAUGAUUAUUCCAGGUAUGACGAAUAUUUUCUUAAACUACAAGAUUUAUGAUACUGAAAUCAGAGUUUCUUCCAAAAGAAAAAGUUCAAACAAAAAAGCAGCGACCAAGAGGAAGAUAACUACCAAGAUUAAGAAGAAGCGAGUGGUGGAGAUAAAAACGGAGAAAUUAUCUCCGAUUAAUUGA